CUACACACUCCAGUGACAGACAGAAGAAGGACAGCCCUGUGACACUCCCAAUCACUCUCUCUCUCUCUCUGUGUUUCCCUUUCUCUUCCUCUCAUUCUCUCCCUCUUUUUCUUUAUCUUUCUCUCUCUUUUUUUUCAAACCAAUCUCCAUCCUCUGUUUGCUGCCUCUUUUUUGCCUGCACGGAUUGCACCUCUGGUCCAGGAAGCAGUCAGCAGGGGUGGGGGGCAAUUUGGAGUUGUUCUUUUUUUUUCCCACCGUCCGUCCCGACCCAAGCACGCGAGUAUCUGUACCCUGCCACGGUCAGAAGGAUUCCAGCUACAUGGGCAAACGUUUGGAACAGCAACCAAUGUACCCCCAGUACACCUACUACUACCCUCACUAUCUCCAGACUAAGCAGUCUUAUGCCCCACCCCCUCCUCCCAUGGCUCCGCCCAGCCCCAGCACCAACAGCAGCAGCCACAGUGCAGCGGAGCAGCUCAGCAAAACCAACCUGUACAUCCGAGGCCUGCCUCCUGGCACCACAGACCAGGACCUCAUCAAACUCUGCCAACCGUACGGGAAAAUAGUGUCAACAAAGGCGAUCCUCGACAAAAACACCAACCAGUGCAAAGGCUAUGGCUUUGUGGAUUUCGACAGUCCUGCAGCAGCUCAGAAAGCGGUAUCCUCUCUCAAGGCCAGUGGAGUGCAGGCCCAGAUGGCCAAGCAACAAGAACAGGACCCCACUAACCUGUACAUCUCCAACCUGCCUGUGUCUAUGGAUGAGCAGGAGCUGGAGAACAUGCUGAAGCCUUUCGGACACGUCAUCUCCACACGGAUACUGCGAGACGCCAGCGGAGUCAGCCGAGGAGUCGGUUUUGCCAGGAUGGAGUCCACUGAGAAAUGUGAUGUGGUGAUUCAGCAUUUCAAUGGCAAGUUUCUCAAAACCCCGCCAGGAGUGCCAGCCCCCACGGAGCCACUGCUGUGUAAGUUUGCGGACGGAGGACAGAAGAAGCGGCAGAAUCAGACCAAGUAUCCCCAGAACGGCAGGCCGUGGCCACGGGAAGGAGAGAGCGGAAUGGCACUGCCCUACGACCCUGCUGCAAUGCAGAACGGGUUUUACUCCUCACCAUACAGCAUCUCCACCAACCGCAUGAUCGCCCAGACAUCAAUCACACCAUUCAUCGCUGCCUCGCCUGUCUCUACGUAUCAGGUGCAGAGUACGUCCUGGAUGCCUCACCAACAGUACGUUAUGCAACCUACUGGUGCUGUGAUCACGCCAGCCAUGGACCACACCAUCUCCAUGCAGCAAGCCAACAUGAUGGGGCCCCUCACCCAGCAGAUGAACCAUCUGUCCCUCGGCACCACUGGCACUUACAUGACUGCGGCGGCUGCUGCAGCUCCUAUGCAGGGAACCUACAUUCCCCAGUACACUGCGGUGCCUGCCUCAGCCGUCUCAGUGGAGGGUGUGGUGACUGAGGCGUCUCCACAGAGCGUCCCUCCCUCUUCCCAGGAUGCCAGUGGACAGCAGCAGCCUCUGUGUGUGGACGGCUCCAACGAUCACGCACCCACCUACUCCUACCAGCCUGCUAAAUAACGGAGGAGGAGGAGGGGGUGUUUGGGUGACUGCGUUGCCUUGAGAUUGGGGGACUGUGCUGGGGACGAGGAGGACGAAAGGAAAAGCUGAACAGAAAACGUUUGUGUCCGCCUUUGCACAAGCACCAAAAAAAAAAAAAGAAGAUGGAGACGGAGGAGAAGACUAUAUCAGACACCUGGAUGAAGUGGGAGGAGCCUUUAAAAGCCACCAUCAUGGUUUAAAAAGAGAAAGAUAUGCAGUCCUGGAGUUUGAGCUAAAUGGCUAAAUCUACAACUUUACAAAACGUUUCCUUCAUGAAGUGAUGAAAUUCAAACAAGUACAAAGUUUUCCAGUUAUUUUCUGAAUGUGCAGGUAGGUUUUCAGCUACAGUGAGUUUUCUAUUAGACGAGGAAGCAUGUUUCUGUGAGAGAGGGAGAGAGAAAGAAUGAAAGAGUGAAAAAAAGUCUUCCUCAGAUUCUAAGCUACUUUUACUUUUCAUUUUUUAUGAGUUAGAUUUUAGUUUUCUAGAGAAUAUCAAUGUUUUAUCAUCUUUGUUGCCUUAAUUUUGAGAAACGUCCAAGACUUUUCCCAGUCGAACGUCUUGAAAAGAAAAAAUGGAAAAAAAAAAACUACAAAAAAAAAACACCAACAACAAACUGUCUGAAUGGACUAAUGGAGGGAUGCGAGGCCUGGGGCGGAGUAGCACCCUGUAAUAGUACCUGUACAGAGGAGUGAGAGAGGUCUUGUGAAGACGUUUUAAAUUAUCCGUGGCGACUUUGUGUUAAAAGAGAGGACAGUCAAAUUAUAGUGAUGUGUUUAAAGAGAGUUGCAUUUUUUUAGAAAAAAAAAGAAAAAUGUUAACCACUGCAUCCUGGGAAAUGCAGUUUAUUGUGUAGUGCAGAUCAUUUUUAAUGGCAUUAUUGUUUUUAUCUGCAAUAUUUUUUAUGAGCUUUAAGGUGUUUUCAGCCUGCUUUGCUUGUUUCAUUGCCAGAAAAAAAAAAUACAAAAAAUACAAAAAACUAGGACAAAAAAAUAUAUUGGCAGCGCAAAAGUACGUAGAUAGGAGCUUUUGAAUUAAAAAUAAAGAAAAAUGUGUGCAAAAAGCAAUAGUAAUAGGAAAUUGUUGACAAUUUCUUUAGUCUUUCUUAGCUGUGGAUCAAAUGCAGCCCAUGGAUGGCAUAUUUUAUACCAAAGAUGAAGAAACCCCGUAGAGACAGUGGAGUAGAUCGAUUUCUUUUCUAUCUGAUAUUUUUUGGCCUUGUUGUUGUAGUCUCUGUGUCUCUGACGUAUUGGUUUGACCUUGAUGGCCAAACUGGUACUUUCAACUUUCAAUGGGUGGGGGGGUGGGAUGGAGGGUAGCUGUGGGUUUCUUCCACUUCCUUCCACUGCUGCAGCUUUUUCUGCCAAUCAUUCUGAACUCAGACUCGGAUGCAGAGUGAUGGUGUGUGUUGCGUGUUGAGUGUGGCAUCUCCCCAGCAGAUGGCAUCAGAGAAGCUGCAGAAGGAGGACCCUGUUUCCUCUCAGCUCAGCAUGUGGACACUGUAUAUCUCUGUCACGGCAGCACCGGCUCACUGACUCAAGCGCUUUCAGUCUUGUUUAUUGUGCACGGGUGCAUCGUCAUCAUCAAGGAAAUCUUCUACAUACCCAGUGUGGCUAACACGUCAUACGCAGACUUUACCAAAGUAGGACAGGCUCACUUGUGUGUAUUUAAACUCUCUGCAGUUAGCUACCUCAAUUUAACGCUGUUCCACCGUGAGGAAACCAUAUAAUGAAGAGGUUAGGAAUUUCCAACUGCUUUCAACUACCUGAGAGAUGAAUUUCAGCUUUGCUUUGGCGCAGAUGGGGAAAAAAAUAAAUAAUUUGCUCUUGUGUGCUAGAAUAUACAGUUUGUGCAGUAGGUGAUGCCAUGAUGCAAGAGUCCCACUUUAAACUCUUUGGGGUUGACAAACACGACAACAAUUUAAUUUGGAUGUUUCUCAAUGUUUCAGAUUAUAUUUUUGUGAUAAUAUAUGCCAUGCCGUGUCCAAUUGGUAGAUCUGUAAUUUGUGGAUACUUGCAUCUCUUUCAUUUUUUUACAUUACAUUUGGCAGAUGUUUGCCUAUGUUUUGUAUGAAAUUGACCAGUGGACACAUUUAGGAAAUCUCUAAGGACUAAGGACAGUGCUGUGCUGGAAUGCUCAUUAAAAGCAUGUAUAACACAUGGCUGAUUUGUAAAGACGCUAUCGCUGUAUCAUAUUCGGGUUCUAUGCUGAAGAUCUGCCCGACUAAGCAUAAAGAUCUGUUGGACAAAUGAUAUUAAGUAAUAUUAAACCCUAUCCGGACAAGAUUAGUUUCUCAGGGGGACAACUGUGAAAGAUAUUUCACACUUGUACUUAGUUUUUUGGCUUUCUCUGUCACAUGACAUCGCGUUCAGUAGCUCCCCCAUUUCCACUCACUGUUGUGUUUAUGUGGACCUCCGUGGAAAUGCGCGCCCAAAGUGUAAUUAAGGUGUGUGGCAGUGGAAAAAAGCUAAUUUGUUAAACACGAGAUGACGAAAAUCAAAGAUGUGAGUCUGGACAGGACUAAAAUUUCCUGACAAUCGUGGAAUUAAUGUUCUGAGAGGACGUCUGAGAUAAACACAUCCACGUUCGUUUUGGACAGAAAUAAAAUCACAGAGAACCCCCCAGGAGCCCCUGAGAAACGAACCCCGCCUGUAUAGGGCUUUAGUCAGCUAAACAUUAUAUUGGAAUAAUUAAAAAUAUGAUUUAAAACUAAAUUGAAACUGGUAAACUUGUUAAUCACUUAAAAUCAUGAGUUUUCUUUAAAAAAAAAAAACAUUUAAUUGGCUGUUCGGGUGCAAUUUACAUCAAGUACAAAUUAUUCCACAAUUACACAAUGUUAACUAAGUCUUUAGUAAUUUCCUAACUGGCCAUUGGUCACUUCUACAAAAAUGGACACAGAUGGACACAGAAAUCACCACCAGUUAGACACAACAGGAGGAAGAAAAUGAGUUUCUUAACUGUGCCGUAUUAUUGGUAAUAUAUUAUUAAUCGAGAAACAAUGACUUGACUAGCUAUUCUUCAACCCCAGUGGGUUCAUUAUACCACUAUAAACCAUUUUGAAAUCUGGCAAAAAUCCCACUGCUAGCAAAAUCAUAAAUUCACUGUGUGGAAGUGGUGAGAAACAGCUAUGUAUCAUAGUGGAAACAGGUGGUUACUCCAGUCUAGUGCCUUGUUACAAAGCAAUGAAGAGCUAAAUCUGUAAACCAGAGAAAGACAUACUUGACAUUCCCGUAGUUUUAGGCUAUAUGCCAUCCUUAAUGCUCUCACAUCAGCUUUGCAAAUUAGUUAAUCUUCAUAUGAGAAUAAAGUAAAGGCUUGGUUAGUGGAUGUUAGUCUUGAUUUCAUGUUGAAUAGGACGGCAUGAUUUGAUCACACUAACUCACAUGUGCUCUACAAGGAGUUUAAAUACACAUAGUGACAUGUAGGUGGACGUUCUUAUUGUGCUACAUCAACACAUUCCUUCAUUCACAGCUUCUUUCACGGUUAGUGUUAUUUCCAAGGUUCUUCUAAAGUAACUUUCUUUGGAGGAGUGAUAUCCUUAUACGUCUUUUUCCUCUUUUCUGAACUGUAGGAAGCUAUUUCUCUUCUACACAUAGUAUGAUCAGAGUUUUGUUGGUUGGUUUGUUGAUGCACGUUGUUUUUUUUUUUUUUUAAGCUCAUCUCUCAUUGUCUCUUUACAGAGGGGAUCUCUGGGUGCUAAACCGUUCUGCUCCUUAGCAGGCAUGCUCUGGGUAACAUGGUGAUGAGUCAGCUAUUAGAGGUCAACAGCAGAGGUUAACAGCUAUGCUGGUUGACUUGUAGUGACAAGUGUCUUUUUUUUUUUAUAUCUGCGAUUCAAAGUUGAGACUGCCGUCAUGGUAGGACCUAUGAAGACAGUUUCUCAGUAGCCUACUGGUCACAGAAAUGGUCUAAAGAGUCUAAAGAGGACUCGUGGUGAGUGUGAAGGAUACAUCAGCUGCGUCCUCAAAAUCACUCCCAACAUUUCUAGGCUACUUAUGAAGGAUUCCUCAGUUUGGAAAAGCCUUCAGUGAGGUAGCGGCCAAGAAACAUAGCCCACCUCUGCUGCAGUCUUGGCUUUGGAACGCAGCUUGUGUGUUCUCCCCUUUCUGAUGUUGCUAAAGCUAGCUGCUAGCUGCUGAUUGAGAUUGAGACAAUGCAGUACCGUAGAGAGAAAUACCAUCAAAAAAUAUUGCCAUUGAGUGAUCUGAAUAAAGUAUGUUGUAUUUGGGGUUGGGCUGUGGGCCUUGGGGUGGGGGGUGGGGACUGUGGGGAAUGUGGGAGCUUCUUUUUGAGGGGUGAUGAAUAUGAUGAAUCCUUUUUACCAUGCGUCUCGACCAGGAUAAUAUGUCGGCUACAUUGUAACGCCUCAUCAGUGAGAGUCAAGAAUACACUAAACAUAGCUCUGAUACAAUGUGGAGGCCACACUACAGCUACACGUUUUUACACAUUUCUUGGAUAAUUAAGAUAUUUUAAAAAAGGAAACUUGGUCUUUAGCUAAAGAUUUUGAUUCUUUUCAUUUUUUUUUCUACUGCCUUUCUGGAGAGUUCAUUUUAUCAUGUAAUUGCUGCUAUCAAGCAUUCAGUAUUGGAGGGCCAGAGUGGCACAUGGAAAGAGAUUACAUGCUACAUACUGCUGCUUAAUCAACAACCAUAAGGAACAUAAGGUUUUAGGAAGUGUGCAGCAGCUUUUACAGCACACGUAUCAGAGAACAAUUGUAUGUAAUGAAGGGUUCUAAAGGGCCCGAAAGCCCCUUUUAAGGCUCAUUUAUGCUCACUUUACGCUCAAAAAUGAAUAUGUCUGUUUUAAAUGUUGGAGCCAUCACUGUGUCUUUUACUUUGGAAUGGAUGAUAAACAGUACUGUAUGUUCACUACAGGGCAGUUCAGAGUCAAAAGAUUUUUUUUUCUACAAGAAAGCUAUUGACUCCAGUGAUACUGCUCCAUUCAGUCGGGAUUUUAAUGCUUUCAGGCAACAUGCGGAUUCAGGUUAAAUGCAGAUUAAAUGUAUACGAAUCAAAGGCUUUGUCCAUAUCUGUAAUGUUUUUUUUUUACCAGAGUAUUUUCUUUGUAGUGUUUAUGUGGCAGUGGCCAUGUUGGUUGGAACUCUUGGGUCCACUGCCCCAACAAUUUCCAAUGGUACUGCUUCAUUCCAUCCAUAUCCAUAUCCAGUGAUAUUCCAGAGAACAUGCACAAAUACGGAAGAAAUAAAAGCAAAGUACAGACCAAUAAAUGACUCUGUCCCAAUCCAUAAUAAACACUGAGCAUAAAUGAGUCUUUAAACAUGGCACAUAUGUAGGGAGCUGCUCGAACCUGUGCAAACGCACUUCUCAUUCUGCCGUACUGCCGCCUGCAGUUAGUGUACUGUACUCUUCGGUUCCUAAUGGGGUUCCCACACUGUAAAACCCAACAAUCAGCCAACUUAAAUAAUUCACACACUUCUACACAGCUCCGAAGGACGUCUUAUUCUUAGAGCUAACGAUUUCCAAUAAUCGUUUGUUUGAGAAAGCUCAUUGCUGGCUUUUGCAGUGCUCUUGCUGAUGAAGCCUGCUCCUCUUUUGUAACACUGCACAUUUCAUUGGACGUUAGGAUGGAGUCUCACAUUGUGUCUUCAGAUCUGUUCGACUGUCACAGAUAAUCACGUAGUAAGAAUGUGUUCAUUGACCUAUCAAAGACCUCCGGCUUUAGCAAUGGGAGGGUCAUGUAGUGUCAGCAUGGGAAAAAAAAAAGUAAAAAAGAAGAAAAUCACGUUCUACCAAAUUCAGCCAAAACAGCAAAACCUCUAUAAGAAAUUAACUUAUUGACAGAGGAAAUAGAAGACUAUUUAUAAAAAAAAAUCUUUUUAUUUGUACAAGUGUUGUUGAAAGGAUUACGAAAGUGAAAACAGUUCUAGGAUGCUAUUUUUUUUUUUUAUUUGCUGCACAUUCAUGCCUCCCGUGUGUUUGAGUCGUGAUCCUGAGAGUUUCUGUAAAUCAGUGGAUGUCGAGUUUAAACUUCUGUUUUAUUAUUUUACUUUCAAUGAAGCUUUCAAUAAAAAAGGUCAAAAAUAA